AUACAAAGAACAGCAUACAAACAACAAAUGGAUAGCAUACGAUCAUAGAUUAAUUUGACUACACAAGUUUACAAACUAUUACAAUGGCAAAGUCACAAUAAUCACAAGAAUGGCUUCAGAUCAAAGUCUACGUUGAGACCGAAGGGCGCAAGGGUCUUUAAGUUAAAGAUCCAGGCAGCCUCUCGUUUAACAACAAAUUAUCAAGGUCACCCCCUCUCCUAGGGAGGGUGACAUGUUCGAUGCCAAUAUAACGCAGAGACGAAAUCGAGUGGCCUGCCUCGAAGAAGUGGGCCGCAACUGGAUAAGUAAAGUUUUUACACCUAAUGAUGAAUGUGGGCGUGGCUCACAGUGAGGUAAACCCCAACACGAGGGUGAUGAACAGCAGAGGGAUCUGGCUGGCCUACCUGUUGUUGGUCACCGUGCUGCACGUCGUCCUGUUGAGCAUCCCUGUCCUCACGGUGCCUCUUGUCUGGACCCUCACAAAUGUCAUCCAUAAUUUGGUGAUGUACUUAUUUCUGCACACGGUAAAGGGCACUCCUUUUGAGACACCGGACCAGGGCAAAGCUCGCCUACUCACACACUGGGAACAGAUGGACUACGGCAUUCAGUUUACAUCCUCACGCAAAUUCCUCACCAUCUCACCCAUUGUGCUGUAUAUUCUUGCCAGUUUCUACACCAAGUACGAUGCCACACAUUUCCUGGUCAAUACAGGCUCUCUCCUCAGCGUCCUCCUUCCAAAGCUGCCCCUGUUCCAUGGAGUACGAAUAUUUGGGAUCAAUAGGUAUUGACUAACACAGGUGGAUAAUAUCAGAGUUUUAUUCUAUUUAUGUGUACUUUACUUGUGAGGUCCAGAGGCGGAAGUGAAUAAGAAAUGUUUGGUAACUUUAUGAGCUGUUUGAAGGGCAUUGUUGUUUUUAUUGCACAGUUCAUUUUCGCUCUGUGACUAAAAACAAAGAACCAAAAUGCACUGAACGCCAAGCUAUAUGAUUAAGAGUUACUGAGUGCCUCUUCUUUAUUUCAUUUAAUUUAUUUUCGUUAUAUGACAUUCAUGAUGUAUGUGUGCAAUGUGCUUGUAUCCUCAAACCAUUACUUUCUCUUUUUGUCAGAUGACAUGUUGUUUUCUAGAAAGAGCUAUAUUGUGAACGUCAUCACCUUCAAACCUAAGUCUUUAUAGGAUGACUUGUAUAUGUCCACACAUUGGAAUGUGUGAUUACAUAGUUUAGGAUAGUGGCAUCCAUAUAAAUAUAAUGUUGGAUGCCAUACAAAUUGAAUGUUGCCAGUCUUCGCAGUGCCUUAAAUGUUUCACUUGGCUGAUACAUUUUUUCCAUUUAGUUUGGUAACAAUCAAUCCAUGUGAUGACUCUUAUUGGAGGUCAAUUUCCAUGUGAGCAUUCUCAAAAAAUUAUGUCUAAUAAUAAACUUUCAAUAUCAGGAUUGAUUUGUCAGUGUAAAUCUAAAUACUUUGUCUUUGUAUGUAAAUUUUGGGUACAUCCCAGGGCAUACAUCAUUGUCAUUUUGUGUACAAACACAAGUGCAGCAAAUUAAUAGAUACACCCAAGACAAAGAAAAUGUUGCAUUGAUUGUUCUCAUCUAAUUCCAUAAUGCUCCAAGUGUGAAACCUAAGGGGAGUGUUCAGCAGUGAGUGACAACAGCAGCACAGGAGUAAAGUGACGUUGCAGGGGACUGAGGGGUCGGACCAUCAUGUAAAUUCUCAGAUUACCUGUGUCGGUGUGGCUGUGAGGAUUCUGGGAAACUCCACACACUUUAUAUGAGGCCUGUGUGGAGGGAUAUACCAAUUCCUAUGAUGUGCUGAUAGACUGGAGGGAUGCCAUCAAUAUAAUGCGUUGUCAUCCCUACUUCCUCUGAUCUGGCGGACUUAACACAAAUACUGUGUUUGUAAAUUAUGUCUGAGUGUUGGAGUGUGCCCGUCUGUA